AUGGGAGUCCUCGUUUGCGGCGUGGUGGUGCUGGCGCUCGUCUGUCAAAGCCUGGACGGUGCCACAAACUCCCUGCACAGGUUUAAAAGGUAAGGGGACGGACAGUGAUGCUUUUGGUUUUGAAAUGGAAUUGAAAUGGCUAUUGAAUCAGUUUAUGUAUUAGAAGUUGAAAUUAAGUUGAGAUAGCUGUGUACUAAUGAAAUGAAUAGAUUUAAUAGGUUUAAUGCAAUUUUGUCUUCAAAAUAAUUCUGUUUUACAUUAAUGUUUUUGAAGUUAAUAUUUUUUGGAUCAAUGUUGAAUUUAUGCACUUCUUUAUUGUUUGUUAUGCAAUUAUAUAGCAUUUAAAACAUGUUUGCAGUAGGCAGUUAGCCUGCUGUAGGUACAAGGUACUGGAAGCCGGAUCUGUUUGGGCCAUGUUUGUAUAAUAUAAUAUAAUAAUAAUAUGACUGUAUGAUGAACAAAUAAAUGACACAGGAGGUGGCUACAGCAUGAACAGACACGGUGACCACACAAAUAGCCUUUUGGGUAGAUUAGUAUCAGUCAAUUCAGUCAAUUGCAGAUUGGCCUAUAAGUAAUUCUAUAUUCUAUAAACAAUUGUAUCUUCAUUUAAACUACUUUUAGGAUAUUUUCUUCUCUAAGAGACCCUACUUGUCUGGAGAUGUUCUCUCCAUUUCCCUCUUGAUUCUGAUGUGGUGUUUGGUGAUGUGGUGUUUGGUGAUGUGGUGUUUGGUGAUGUGGUGUUUGGUGAUGUGGUGUUUGAUGUGGUAUUUGUUGAUGUGGUGUUUGGUGAUGUGGUAUUUGGUGAUGUGGUGUUUGGUGAUGUGGUGUUUGGUGAUGUGGUGUUUGGUGAUGUGGUGUUUGGUAAUGUGGUGUUUGGUAAUGUGGUGUUUGGUAAUGUGGUGUUUGGUAAUGUGGUAUUUGGUGGUGUUUGGUGAUGUGGUUGGUGAUGUGGUGUGGUGUGUGGUGUUUGGUGUGUGGUGUUUGGUGCUGUGGUUUUGGUGAUGUGGUUUUGGUGAUGUGGUUUUGGUGCUGUGGUUUUGGUGGUGUUUUGGUGCUGUGGUGUUUGGUGAUGUGGUGUUUGGUGAUGUGGUGUUUGGUGAUGUGGUGUUUGGUGAUGUGGUAUUUGGUGAUGUGGUAUUUGGUGAUGUGGUAUUUGGUGAUUGUGUGUGAAGCUCUUUAGCUCCAAAGUUCCACUCUCAUCAUUAGGAGUUCCUCAACUCAUCAGGCUGUUAGGUACACUCACUAGCAAUAGUCUGCUCUGAGGUUGUCUUGUCGCUUUCCACUAACAACCUCUUCUCUCACUGUUGUCCCCAUCGGACAGGUAUCGGGAAAGUGCCUCUUCGGAGCCCAACGACUGCACAACCAGGACAAGACAACCCAUGGUCCUGUCCAAAUCAGGCAACUUUUCCCUGGAUGUCCGCAUGCCGGGGGUGUCCCCCACGACGGUGAGUCCCCAUGUUUCUGACAGUCAAAACAACCCUGUGGAAAACCCAAACCAGCCCAUUAACAUUUCAUAUUCAUAUUCACACAGUGUCUGUCAGAUCUAGUUUAUUUCCGCUCAAUGAUUUGAUGGUUCAGUUUAACAUUUAUUUACAUAUGUUUUCAAAGAACACUACCUACACUAGUCUACAUAGCCUGAUAGACUAUACAACCAUUUUGAUUAAAUUAGUCUGGCUAGCAUUUAGGUCUCUUGUGUCAGAGAUUUUAUCGAGACUUCGAUCGGCAAAUAAAGGUUAGACAAUGACUGAUACAUUAAUAUUCAUAGACUUGGCAGACAUCUCCUUCCUACAUGCAGAAAAUCCUGUUCACCACCGCUAAGCUUGGUUCAUAUCAGGGAGGUAUGUUGAUGGUGGCCAUACAAUGUUUUUCUCUCUCAGCAUGUGGCUGUACAUGAUUGUGUCAUGGGGUUGUGUCGGGGGCCAGUCCUCCUGCCCUGUUUGUGUGGCCCGUAUUGAUCCUACAGUAAUGCAGUCAUUAAAGUUGACUCACUGUUGCAGGCUAGAGCUAAUUGGCUCCUCAGCCUCCGUUCUUUUUCCUGCUGCUGCAAUGUGCAGAGAAAACCACAGAGGGGAAGAUCUCUGGUUUAUCACUCUGUCCUCUCUGUCCUCUCUCCCCCCCUCGCUCUCUUUCGCUCUCUAUCGCUCUCUAUCGCUCUCUCUCUCUCUCUCUCUCUCUCUCUCUCUCUCUCUCUCUCUCGCUGUCUCUCUCUCUCUCUCUCUCUCUCGCUGUCUCUCUCUCGCUGUCUCUCUCUCUCUCUCUCUCUCUCGCUGUCUCUCUCUCCAAAAGCCAAGGCUGUUUUUAGGCUAGUGAGAAACAGUUAGAGUUCAGUUUGUACACGAUGGCAGAACUGUUGUAAUUGGGCUCCGGGCUUUGCGUCUUCUUGGGAAUGUUUUGGUUGUGUAUGAGAGCGUUGAGGGAGGAGGGGAGGGCGAGCUAUUAUUGUUCUCAGUGCAGGUCUGUAUGAGUCAUCCGCCAAUGAUUCAUCCAUGGCAAGUGUUGGCUGAUAACUGUGAAUGCUGAAGGGGGAUUACUGGGUUGUAGAACAUCGCAGAGAAGACAAACCUUAAACUCUCUUAACUAAGUGGUCAGCUCGCACUGUUGUGCUAUUGAUCUAUCGCAGGGGUGGGCAAACUUUGUGGCUCAAGGGCCACAUCGUGAUUUAGAAAUUCAACGGAUGGACGCACAGAUUUUUUUGGGGACCGAUGGGUUUGUAAAAAUCAACUUGCGGCGCAGAAAAAGGCCCAUUUUAUAAUUUCUGGAUAUUUUUGUAUCUAGUUUUAGACAUGUAAGAGUGGUCUGGAGUGUUGUUUUUUUAUCCCAAAAAUUAAUAUCUAUAUCUUUAAUUUUUUUGUGAUACGUCCAAGGGGCUGGAUUGAAUGGGCUCGCGGGCCGUAGUUUGUCCACCCCAGAUCUAUCGGGAAUUGCCCUUUCUCUGGUCCAUCAGAUAGCAGUGAGCCAGUUCACUGGCCCAUCAGAUAGCGUUGAGCCAGUUCACUGGCCCAUCAGAUAGCGGUGAGCCAGUUCACUGGUUCUUCAUCAGAUAGCAUUGAGUCGGUUCUCUGGUCCAUCAGAUAAUGGUGAGCCAGUUCACUGGCCCAUCAGAUAGCGGUGAGCCAGUUCACUGGCCCAUCAGAUAGCGGUGAGCCAGUUCACUGGUUCUUCAUCAGAUAGCAUUGAGCCAGUUCACUGGUUCUUCAUCAGAUAGCAUUGAGCCAGUUCACUGGUUCUUCAUCAGAUAGCAUUGAGCCAGUUCACUGGUUCUUCAUCAGAUAGCAUUGAGCCAGUUCACUGGUUCUUCAUCAGAUUAAAUCAAAUCAAAUCAAAUUUUAUUUGCCACAUGCGCCGAAUACAACAGGUGUAGACAUUACCGUGAAAUGCUUACUUACAGCCCUUAAACAACAAUGCAUUUUUUUUUUAUUAUAAAAAAGUAAAAUAAAACAACAACAACAAAAAAGUGUUGAGGAAAAAAAAGACCAGAAGUAAAAUAAAAUAACAGUAGGGAGGCUAUAUACAGUGGGGUACCGGUGCAGAGUCAAUAUGCGGGGGCACCGGCUAGUUGAGGUAAUAUGUACAUGUGGGUAGAGUUAAAGUGACUAUGCAUGAAUAAUUAACAGAGUAGCAGCAGCGUAAAAAGAUGGGGUGGGGGUGGGGGGGCAGUGCAAAUAGUCUGGGUAGCCAUGAUUAGCUGUUCAGGAGUCUUAUGGCUUGGGGGUAGAAGCUGUUGAGAAGCCUUUUGGACCUAGACUUGGCGCUCCGGUACCGCUUGCCGUGCGGUAGCAGAGAGAACAGUCUAUGACUAGGGUGGCUGGAGUCUUUGACAAUUUUGAGGGCCUUCCUCUGACACCGCCUGGUAUAGAGGUCCUGGAUGUCAGGAAGCUUGGCCCCAGUGAUGUACUGGGCCAUACGCAUACCCUCUGUAGUGCCUUGCAGUCGGAGGCCGAGCAGUUGCCAUACCAGGCGGUGAUGCAACCAGUCAGGAUGCUCUCGAUGGUGCAGCUGUAGAACUUUCUGAGGAUCUGAGGACCCAUGCCAAAUCUUUUCAGUCUCCUGAGGGGGAAUAGGCUUUGUCGUGCCCUCUUCACGACUGUCUUGGUGUGUUUGGACCAUGAUAGUUCGCCAAGGAACUUGAAGCUCUCAACCUGUUCCACUACAGCCCCGUCGAUGAGAAUGGGGGCGUGCUCAGUCCUCUUUUUUUUCCCUGUAGUCCACAAUCAUCUCCUUUGUCUUGGUCACGUUGAGGGAGAGGUUGUUAUCCUGGCACCACACGGCCAGGUCUCUGACCUCCUCCCUAUAGGCUGUCUCAUCAUUGUCGGUGAUCAGGCCUACCACUGUUGUGUCGUCGGCAAACUUAACAAUGGUGUUGGAGUCGUGCCUGGCCAUGCAGUCAUGGGUGAACAGGGAGUACAGGAGGGGACUGAGCACGCACCCCUGAGGGGCCCCCGUGUUGAGGAUCAGUGUGGCAGAUGUGUUGUUACCUACCCUUACCACCUGGGGGCGGCCCGUCAGGAAGUCCAGGAUCCAGUUGCAGAGGGAGGUGUUUAGACCUAGGAUCCUUAGCUUAGUGAUGAGCUUUUAGGGCACUAUGGUGUUGAACGCUGAGCUGUAGUCAAUGAAUAGCAUUCUCACGUAGGUGUUCCUCUUGUCCAGGUGGGAAAGGGCAGUGUGGAGUGCAAUAGAGAUUGCAUCAUCUUUGGAUCUGUUGGGGCGGUAUGCAAAUUGGAGUGGGUCUAGGGUUUCUGGGAUAAUGGUGUUGAUGUGAGCCAUGACCAGCCUUUCAAAGCACUUCAUGGCUACAGACGUCAGUGCUACGGGUCGGUAGUCAUUUAGGCAGGUUAUCUUAGUAUCCUUGGGCACGGGGACUGUGGUGGUCUGCUUGAAACAUGUUGGUAUUACAGACUCAGUCAGGGACAUGUUGAAAAUCUUCGUCCAAUACGAUGUGAGUAAUCGCUGUCCUGAUAUCCAGAAGCUCUUUUUGGUUAUAAGAGACGAUGGCAGAAACAUUAUGUACAGAAUAAAUUACAAAUAACGCGAAAAAACACACAUAAUAGUACAAUUGGUUAGAGGGCUGUAAAACGGCAGCCAUCCUCUCAGGCGCCAUUCAUCAUAGCAUUGAGCCAGUUCACUGGUUCUUCAUCAGUUAGCAUUGAGCCAGUUCACUGGUUCUUCAUCAGUUAGCAUUGAGCCAGUUCACUGGUUCUUCAUCAGUUAGCAUUGAGCCAGUUCACUGGUUCUUCAUCAGUUAGCAUUGAGCCAGUUCACUGGUUCUUCAUCAGUUAGCAUUGAGCCAGUUCACUGGUUCUUCAUCAGUUAGCAUUGAGCCAGUUCACUGGUUCUUCAUCAGUUAGCAUUGAGCCAGUUCACUGGUUCUUCAUCAGUUAGCAUUGAGCCAGUUCACUGGUUCUUCAUCAGUUAGCAUUGAGCCAGUUCACUGGUUCUUCAUCAGUUAGCAUUGAGCCAGUGUUUCUUCACUUUCUCCGAAGCUUCUUUUGUCAACCUUAUUAUAACUGUACCUUUUUCACACUGUUGUGUGGAUCUGACUUGUACUCUGUUGGCUCAGAUGGGUUCUUUCUAUUUUAAUGUUCAGCAUUAAGGUUCAGCAACUAUGGUGGAUGUGUAACCAGCCCAGUACAGCAUGGUUUGGCUUGGCUCAUUAGUGUAAAAUGGGAAUUUGAGAUCGACCAGUGUUCGUCUGUAAUUAGAUUUUUGGCUAUGGCAUUUAUUAUGAAUCUGGUCAUUAAACAUGGGCCUCGGUUCUAUUUUGUUCUAAUAGUCCCACAUCAAGUUGUCAUUCUGCCAGAAUUUUUCUGGAGAAUUCUCAACUGAUGAGACACCAUUUUGAAAGAGAGCCAGCUAUGCCAAGAAAGAAACACGCACGCUGACCUUUUACAAUAACUCUGAGUUAGAUACAGCCAUCACAGCGAGAGAGAGAAGGGAAUUCAGUCCCCUGGAAUUGAUUUAAUCAUUUGACCGUGUUCCUGAAGCAGGAGAAUAGAAGCCCAAAGAAUGAUAAAUGACAGCCGAAAGCCAUCAGCUAUAACUAAGCAAUUGAAACAUUUCCCUGGAAAUGACUUCCUGUCAUGUUUAUUACAAAUAUGUCACUAAAACGGCUGUUCCCAGGAAACUACGGCUGCCAUUUUUUCCCUCUCCCCUCCACUCAACGCCCACUAGUUGUUAUUGAAGCAACGACAAUGAACGUCACAUGUAGGCUAAGCUGCUGGAGACCUGAGGAACAAUGAGAAAGAAGAAACAAAUGAGAGCAGAGUUAUUUUCAGUCACUGUAGACGUGUUUAAACUCGUCCGCAGAUGAAGAGGUCACUCAACAGGAGAGAGAGAGAGAGAGAGAUGCUCCAGGGUUGGACACAGAGCUCUAUGUCAUAUCUUUUGUCUGGAUGAAGUGCUAUUGUCUUCUCUCCCCUCCGGAAAUAUAGUUCUCCCUGUGUUACGCAAGGUCGGCGCCAGGGUGAUUUAAGUGUCAUGUUUGCUCAUAUAUUACACUGGCCGACUUCAAGCGAGCGAGGACUUUCCUUUUGCUUUAGUAUCUGCGCUCGGUAGUCCACCUAAUAUCUCCUAGCUCCCCAAGUGAGUCAGAGGACUCUCUUUGAGUUUUAGAGAAUCUGUCAUGGUGAAACAGUGUUUACGAUCUGGAUUAGAUGCUAAACAAACCGGCAGCUGUAUAUAUCAAUACAAACAAUAUUGAUUGCUUGUUGAUGGAUUAUAAACAAGCAGAAUAUGAUAAAUGUACUCUGAAAGAUGAUCAGUCAUUAUUUAUUUUUGUACAUUUUAUUUAUUUGUAAGACUUUAUAUUUCAACACUUUAUUUAUGUGUAACACUAUUUAUUUUAAACACUUAUUUAUUUUAAUGCUAUUUAUUUUAUCACUUUAUUUAAACGCUAUUUAUUUUAAACACUUUAUUUAUAUUAAACACUUUAUUUUAACACUUUAUUUAUUUUAAAACUCUUUAACACUUUUUUUUUUUUUAAACAUAACUUUAUUUACUUUCUUUGCUCUGUAACUAAGCAAAGCAGCGGUUCUCACACUGUGUCCUGUGUCGUUUCAGUCUGACACCUACUUGUGUGUGGCCGUUCCAGUACCGACAACCAGGGAUGCCUAUAUCGGUGAGUAUUCUUUACCCAAAUCUUAA